AUGUCUACAAAGAAACUGGCCAAAGAGCUCGGGUUAUUGAGGCAGCGGAGUCAAUCUUCCUCCGGGUCAAAGAAAUCUUUGGUAUCUAAUCAAAUAUUUUCCUAUCUGAUUGUGAUUGACUUUGAGUCCACUUGCUGGACAGAGAAAAACAACUACAGCCAGGAAAUUAUUGAGUUCCCUGCUGUCCUGCUGAACACGUCCUCAGGGGAAGUCGAGUCUGAGUUUCACACAUAUGUUCAACCCCAGGAGCACCCUAUUCUGUCUAAGUUCUGCACUGAGCUGACAGGGAUUACACAGGUGCAAGUUGAGGCAGGGAUCCCACUCCAGAUCUGUCUUUCUCGGUUCUGCCGCUGGAUACAAAACCUGCAGCUUGAGAAGGGUGUGGUCUUUCCCAACAGACAACAGAGAUGUUCUGCACCUUCACCUUCUCAAAAACUGUGCACUUUCCUCACGUGGUCAGACUGGGAUCUUGGAGUUUGUUUACAGUACGAGUGUAAGCGCAAGCAGCUCCAUAAACCUGAGGUACUCAACAGCUGGAUAGACCUGAGAAGCACAUACAGACUCUUCUACAACAGGAAACCCAAAGGCCUGAACGGGGCACUACAAGAUCUAGGAAUACAGUUUUCAGGGAGAGAACAUUCAGGUUUGGAUGACUCCCGAAAUACAGCUCAGCUGGCUGCGAGGAUGAUGAGGGAUGGGUGUGUGAUGAAGAUCACUAGAAGCCUUGAAAGGACCCCGUCAACAGUCAAACCCAUGUUUGGAAACACAACUGCAGACAAGAAAGAAAAGGCCAACACUGAUAAAGAGGAAAAUACACUUACCACAACCAAACCCUCAUCACCCAAGAAUCCUCCUAAACCAUACCGUUCUGACUGGUACAAGUACACCCCUGUGGGGACGCAGCAGGAGGUCAGUUACCUCAGAGGAGCAGCAGUGGAACUUGUGGAGGAAGAGGAAAGUGAAGAACUUCUAGUGGAAGCAGAGGAGAGGUGUGCUUCAUAUGAUCAUGUGGUGUUGGAGGGUGCUGAAGAUGAUGUUAUUAAUGGAGAUGAUAGAGAGUGUGACACUGAGUAUGUAUCAGAUUUUGACAGUGGAUGUUAUGUGUGGGAAGACUCUGACAAUUCACAUUUAAGGGCCAAUAUGAGUGUGGAAAACAACUCUAAAACCAGUGACUUAUCCACAGCUUCUGUAUCUACAAAGAAGAUAAGAACGGAUCAGUUAAAGAAGAUGGUGCAGCACUCGGCGAUCUCAGAGCCAGAUACAUAUUUUGCAGUGCCUAAGGCCGUUACUUGGGGCUCCAAAACAAAUGGACAUGAAAUAGGACUUAAAACCUCUCUACAUCUCCGAGAGAAGUCAGAUGGAGGCCCACAAACCUCCAAAACCAACACGCCUUCUUUACUCAGGCACAAAUCUUUCAUCCCAGAAAACACCUCCACACCGAAUACCUCAUUUGCCAAGCCCAGACCAGUCACCACGCAAAAUAGAAAGCACAAAAAGACUCCAUCUUCCUUUACCAUCUACACUGACCCAGCAAAACAGGCUGCAACUCCCUCCCAUCCUUCCUCAUCUCGCUCGUACACCCCCAAGAAUGUCCUCUGCUCUUUGUCAGCCAACACACUCUCGUCAUGUACCAGCCGUUCCUUCAUUUCUGCGAAAACAAGAGGACAGAAGAUCACAUCCCCACUGUGUGUGUGCGGCCGUCGUGCAAAGCGACAGGUCGUGUCCAACGGUGGUCCGAACCAGGGCCGAGGGUUUUACUGCUGUCCGGUCCGCCGCUCGGGCAGCGGAGGCAGGAUCCAGAAAGGAUGCGAGUUCUUCAAAUGGGAGUCAUCUCUGAUGAAGAGUUGUGCAGUUCCUGCUGUCGGGUCGUCUGUUUCAUUCUGUCAGAUCAGCUCGGCUCUGAACUGUCGUCCACAACAAAGGUCAACACUAAGAAAAAGCUAUUAA